AUGUAUAAGAAGGUCAAUCACAGCUCUUGGCUAUUAGAAAAGCAUCUGGAAGAAGAGAGAAGAGCCCGUGAACAAGAUCGAGUGCUAUUUCAGCAACAACUCAGUAAGGUAAGUGGUAUAGAAGCAGAUUAAACUUGUUUUAAGAGAGGUUUCAAACAGUACUUUGUUUAGGAACGGUACGACAAGCAAUGCCUGAGGCAAAAAGUCACCGAUAAUGCCAUCCUGACUCGCAACCUGAUUCUAUACGCUCGCUCUCUCGAAGAAGUAAGUGCUCAAUUUUGGCCACCCUUUAUUUGAGGGGGAUCGAACGUUGAUUGUAAAGUUGCCUGACUAGUUAGCCGAUAUGUUGGAAUAAGCCAAAUUUCACAAAUUUCUAGUGGAAAGGGUUUGGUAGCCAAAAAGUUGGAUUGCCUAGACAAGGUGUUGGAAUGGCUAGAACUUCGAAAGUGGCUAGACGGUUGGGAUGGCUGUCAAACUUUUGGAAUAGCAGCCAACGUAAAUCAAAAAAUUAAGCAGGGGUUUGGGGGACCAAGGGAAGCUUUCAUUUCACAGUCUGUCGGGAAAAUAAUGGGGAUCCUUGAAAUUGCCCAUCAUAGCUUUGGGCAAUUUCCAGCUUUGCGACAGCUGAAAAUUUGGUGCGCGACUGCAACGAGCCAUUUUGCUGCGACAAAUCAACACCCUGUAUUAACAUUGUGUAAUUACAUAUUUUUCAGGAAAACAGGAGGAUUCUUCAUUACAUUUCGACUGCUAAAAAGGUUCAAAGAAACAUAAUGAAUCAACUGAGUUGUCAACCACCAACGAAAUCCAUAAAGAUCGUUUCAAUCUAG